AUGAGCGUUCUGAGGCCAGCUUUCAACAUAUUAGUCGUUUGCGGAUGCUGGAUGCCAUCGUCUUGUCGAACAUCCCACGGAAAGCUGUUUUACACUCUGCACACGACGUUCGUGAUUCUUUUGCUGUACAGCUUCUGCGUAUCGCAACUUUUGAACGUGAUACUGAACGUAAACACGGCGGACGAGUUGAGCGACAGCUUGUACAUGUUCAUCGCGUCUGUUCUCUCCUGCUGCAAGAUCUUCGCGCUUCUGAUUAACCGCAAGGCGAUUGGAGUUCUUAGCAGGCAGCUGGAGAAGGAGCCGUGUAAACCACUAGACACGCAGGAGAUAACAGUCCAAAAGAAAUUCGACAGAAGCAUCGGGUAAAUGAAUGGUACAUUCCUACGUUCCUGAAAACAUUGAGAGUGCCCGAAUACGUUCGAUGAAAAAUCGUCAAUCGCU